UGUACGAUGCAGACAUACGGUGGAAUAUACGAUUAUUUCAUCUGUGGCAUGUAAUGACGAUUCCGAACGCGGGAAAUUUGAAAUAAGUACAGAUUAGCAAUUCUUUUUUUGAAAUUGUUGUUGAUGACGAGAGUUGAAUAAUUCUUUCAAACUUUAAGCACGAAUUUUGAAUUUGGAAAACUGUUUUACCUUCAGGUCAUUGACAUUUGACAGUGAUACUUUUCAGCGUAUUAUUUUAUUAAUAGUGCUGUAAUUAAUUAAUUUUUGGUGCUUUAGUGUAAACAUUUAAUUCUUAAGUGUUUAUAAAACCAUUUGGUGUAGUGUUAUGUUGUAUUAAAUUUUGUAAUUAAUAAAAAUGAAAGAACUAGUUCAAAUUUGGAACAGAGUGACGGGGAAACAGUAUGCGUCAGUGAAUCCGAAUGAUAAGGAACUGCGGGAUUUGUCGAAUAAUCGAUUAAGAAGGGACAUCGAUACAUCAGCUUUUGAGGCGAAUUUGUCAGAAUGUGAAGGACUAAAUAACAAAUUUAAUGAUGAUCUGGAGUUUAGUGAGAGGAAGGAUCAGAUUAUUAAUCGAUUGUUUUCAAAAAGGCGGCAUGGACAACUUACGCGGAAACCUAAAUGUUUAUUCCUCCUUUUCCUGCUGGGUGUCAUCUCAUUGGGAAUGGGCUUCGUCAUAUUGUUCUUACAUCCAUACGACGCGCUAUUCCGAUGGAAAGUGGUGCUAUCUGACGGAGGAGAAAUCUUCGAAUCCUGGCGAAAACCGGAAGUGAAGUUGUACACCAGGAUCUACCUGUUCAACAUAACUAACGCUGAACAGUACAUGUCAGGGCAGGACACUAAAGUGAAAGUGAAAGAAGUCGGUCCCUUCGUUUACCGCGAGGCCUUAGAACACAGCAAUGUCACGUUCAAUGACAACGGCACCCUCUCCACCAUCCCAUUGCACCCCCUUAUUUGGGAGGAGGAAUUGUCGGAGGGGAACAAGGAGGAUGACAUCUUAUAUCUACCUCACAUCGCUUUACUGUCAAUUGCCAACGUGGUGUCCCAGGAAAGCUUCAUGACACGCUUCGGCCUGAACAACCUGAUCGGCCUGACCAACAGCCAGCCUCUGAUGAAGAUGACUGCUAAGGAGUUCAUGAUGGGCUACAAGUCCGAACUGAUGACUCUGGGGAACACCUUCAUGCCUAGUUGGAUAUACUUUGAUAAACUGGGGCUCAUUGAUAGGAUGUACGAUUUCAACGGUGACUACGAGACAGUCUUCACAGGGGAGACUGACGUGUCCCGGUCUGGUCUCAUCGACACCUACCGAGGCUCCACCGAUCUUCCGCAGUGGGACGGCAAGCAUUGCUCCAACGUUCAGAACGCCUCAGAUGGAACUAAGUUCCAAGGAGGAGUCAGCAGGAACCAGUCUGUUCUGUUCUAUAGAAAGAGUCUAUGUCGAGCAGCACCUUUGAUACCGGCUGAAGAAGGUGUGAAGAAUGGUAUGAAAGCGUACAAAUAUGUGUUCCCAGAGCAUAUGUUGGAUAACGGGAAGUUUAUUGAAGAGAACAAGUGCUUCUGUAGACAUGGUAAAUGUCUUCCCGAAGGGCUAAUUGAUGUCACUGAUUGUUACUAUGGUUUCCCGAUUGCGCUGUCCUACCCUCACUUCUACAAAGGAGACGAAGUACUAUUCAGCAAAGUUGAAGGCCUGACACCGAAUAAAGAGCAGCAUGAGACUAGAUUUUGGGUGCAGCCAAACGCAGGGUUGCCUUUGGAUGUCAGCUCCAAGUUUCAGAUCAACAUGGCUCUUGGUGACAUCAGUAUGAUACGGCAUACAGAGAAAUUCUCUAACAUGUACCUCCCACUGCUAUGGUUUGAUAUUAGAAUGUAUACUCUUCCACCACCGCUCGAGCUCAAAUUCAAAAUGUACCUAAACAUUUUACCGGUCGCCGAACAAUGUUGGAUGUAUAUCAGUUUCAUCGCUGGCACAAUCUUGAUACUUGUCACUAGUUACAUCCUGACGUUCAAGAUUAUGUUUAAGUCUUACUCCAAAAAGAACACCAUCAACUUCAGACCAAGCAUUUGGGUGGAACGAGAGAAAAAUAACAAAGUCAACAAUAGAGGUGACAUUUAUGCUCCUUGUGAACUCCCUCUCUCAGAUACAGAUUCGGAUCAAACGUUUGAUACAAAAACAACAUUUAUGAAAACCCAAAGUGAUAAAAUUAAGGAGUUGGGACGCAGACUGAGCGAUAGAGUUCACGACGUCAAAGGGAAGUUUGAACUAGGUCAUUCCAAACAGACUGCAAAACACAACGAUAGAAAGAACUCACUUAUAAAUCCUGAUGAAUCACAAGAUGAAACAAACGAAGCCUUCAAAAGUGAUUCCAGUGAAAGCGACUCCGAUACGAAAACAUAUAGAUUUGUAAAACAAAGUGAUAGUGAAGACAAUUGCAAAUAUUUGGAAGUUUUAGACGAUGGUAGUGAGUUUGAUGAUGCAGACCGUCGAAGGAAAAACAGUAAAAACGAGUUAUACAUACAUAUCGAAUAAUUUUACUUAUAAUCGUGAGUCUUGCCAUGUUAGACUUGCCAAAACUUUUGAAAUAUCAGUGUGGAGUGUAUGAAAAAGACUGGUGCCAAUUUGAUUGAAUUUAAAAGUUAAAUAAGUAAUGUGUGUUACCAUUUCUGCUGUGAUAUUCGCUAACUCGGCGCUUAAGAAAUUAAAAGCCAUGAAAUUUACUCAUUUAAUGGUUUUCCUUUAAAGAUACUAAUGGUCUAAGAACCUAUCAUAGGCCGGAUUUUCGUAAUUUUUUAAAAUCUGAAAGUUUC